CGAUACAGUACCAUCUCUAGCCUAAUCAAUAGCCAUCACCAGCACAAAGGCAAUGAAAAAAAACUAGCGUAAUUUUGGUGCAUAAGUGUCAGUGAUUACCUGAAAAGUGCUAAGCGUGCAGAAACCUGCAGAAAAAAUGGUGGUCUGCACAGCCACGGAGCCUCCGGAAUCGCGACCGUGUUCCGAGCCCGAGAAGGAACCCCCUGAACUGAAUGAUAAUCGCGUUAGCAAAGAACCUUGUGACCCUGUCGAUGAUGAUGGAGAGGUCGCUGAGGAGGAUCGCGAGGAAGGCGAGAUUGUCGACGAAUUCGAGCUUAUCAUCUCGUCCGAAGACGAGGAAUUCAAACUGCGUGCUCGCAUCCAGCAGCUGGAGGAGAAUAACAAAGAUGUGGAACGCAUGGAUAUUCUGUCCGCAAAUUUGGCGCAUCAAUACAAUUACCCAAAGUCUGCUUAUCUGCAAAAGUCGCCUGUUUAUAUCCUUUCGGAUGUUUCCAGUCAGUCGGAUGAUGAAUUUGAAGUACACCGCAGGUAUCGUAAGCAGAAACUGCGCCGUAUGGAGGCGGGGAAAAAGUGCCAUCAUUCGAUGUCCAGCGAUUACCGCAGGAAUCCCUUCGCCAGGCGCCAUAAACAGUCUUCACCAUCGCCAUCGCCGCCACCACAGCGCAGAAAACAGGGCUAUCAUCACCACCAGUCCAAUCAUCACCAGCAUCGCCAUCAGUCACUCUAUCCACUGCACGAUUCCCUGGAAAGCGUUACCGAUGGCGAACUGGGUGAAUACGAUAUAAACGAUGAAAACGAAGACGACGAGAUUGAACUGGAAAGGCUCAAACUCAGCAGGGAUAAACUGCGCGUGGCAUUGGCGCGUGAGGGUGGGCAAGAUGUGAUAAGUCAGUACAAAAACAGCUUAAGGGAGCGCCUGCAGUAUCGCAUACGCAAAUCCCCCAGUCCCAAGUUCGAAAAAGAGUACGAACAGGAGGCGGAACUUCAACUGUCACCUCUCCAGCAAUUAUGCGAAGGCAGGGAAGAGGAACCCGAACAGGAGCAGUCGCAAAACGAAGAUCCUCCCGAGCUUAAUCUGCGAUUGAUAGCACUCAAAUCUGCCAUGUUGCGAAAACAUCAGGCCCGCAAGAAGCGCGAUGCCGAGCGAGCCUAUUCGCCCACUGAUAUGAUCAAUCGCGUACAUCCCGCCAUUUCCAACGACGACGACAUCGAUGACCUCAUGGAGAUCAGUCCAGCGACAUCGCCCGAACGCGUUCAAAGUCCGCCAAGAUACUCAACGGACUAUGCCGUGGACACAAAGCCUGUGGACAUGGACCUGGCCGAAACGGACAGCGAUGAUCAGCAGAAGGAUGCUUGGAAUCCCUGGUUAGGUAACUGGAAUUCGAUGAACAACGCUGGGGGCAGUUGGCGCUGCUUCAUGCCCAACAACCUGCCGCCCGUUUCGAUGCCCAUUGUGAUAGACGAGGAUGAUGAAGAGGACAUGAAGACGGACGAUCGGUUAAGGGGAGAGAAUGGCGCUUACUUCGACGAUGAUGACGAAAUUCCGCCGCCACCACCGCCAUUUCACAUUCCACAGAUGCAUCUGGAGGAUGAGGAUGCCAGGGAUGCCAUGCACCUGGUCGACCAGCACUCCAAUCAGAGCUCUUUUACGGAGAUGCAGUCUGUUUCGAUGGAAAACUCGCAAACGCAUAUGAAGAGUAACGAUCAAUAUCAGGCGGAAUCAAGUGACGACGAGGCGGGAGCAUUGCGAGCCAUAUUACUAUCCAAUUUGCGGACAAUCAAGCCUCCUCCGCCUCCACCAAGGUCGCCUCCUCCGUCCAAUGAACCCGCUUCAGUUUUUGCUUCUAUUGCAACUUCAGUUUCAGCAUCUGUACCUGCUCCUGUUCCUGCACCUUUGCCUGCUCCUUCAUCAGGUCCUGUGGCUCAAAUUAAAGAGGAAUCAAACCAGGAUAAUGACUCCGAUGAUCCAGAAGAGUUACGCUUACUGCUUCUUUCCAGUAUAGCAAGCAAAAAGCGGGCAAGUAAACCAAAUUCUAAAUCAGCUCUUAAUCCAGAGAUACUCAAGAAUGCAGUGAGGCGCUUUCAAUCUUCUUCGGUGCCAGUAAAAGGUGAAGAGGAAUCACAGGAUCAGCAAACAAGCCAAGAAGAAAGUACUGAAUUGGAAACAGAGAAGGAGUUGCCGAAUGAGAAAGUUGAGGAACCGAUUUUACUGGAAACUCCUUCCAUCCCCGUACAAACUGUGAAAUCCCCACAGCCAGUCGCCAAGCCAACCAUUCAGGCAAAGAAUCCAAGCUCGCCCUCCACGAAAAUCAUAAAAAUCGUCAAGCCCAACAAGGUGAUUAACAAAAAGACAACAGCCAAGAGGAAAAUACCAAUCGAUGAGCAUUCUGGGUCUGGUUUGAGCAAUAAGCGGCCAACAACCUUAAUGAUAAAGGAGCCAAGUGCUCCUCUGCAUGGUCCAACUGUGACCUCAUCCAGCACCCGCCUCAUUACAACCGUUGAUCCUGCCAGCAUCAAGGUGAAUAAGCUGAUCAUUAGCUUAGCAGAGGAGUCAGCCGCCAGCGAUGAUGAACUGGAGCUGAGUUCGAGCUUUGCCUAUGCAAGCUACACGGACAUUGCCAGUCCCUUGAGUUUGGCGAUGGGCAGUGGCAGUGGCUCCACGACCAGAUCAAAUACUCCCAUAUCCGAGAUUGCGGAAUCGGCACCUAGCGCCAAUAACAAUCUCAGGCGAACUGUGAUCAGUGAAUACUUCGAGAAGAAGAUUGAUGAUUUCCUGAAGCAAGCUAGAUCGAAAGCACCCGCCUCUGCAUCGCCAGAAGCGCCGCCUGAAAAAGUUUCUGAAACGGACAAGGUUAAUGAGAAGCAGCCAACAGUUAUUGCUCCCAAGACACAGCCAACCAAGACGACGCCAGUGUCUGUUCGGCAUUUGCCAGUGGCAUCGCAAAAGGAAUACCUCCGUUUGAUUGAGCGAAUGCAACUGCUGGAACAGAAGAGGGUCCAGGCAACCAAAAGCACAGUUCCUUUGGCUACCAGUAAAGCAGAUAAAGUUGAAAGGCCACCGCUUAUCAAAAUUACCCCGCCAGCUACAACUAAAGUGGUGCAAAAUACUACAAAGUUAGCAGUAUCAACUGCAAUUAGCACCAAUAGUAAAGCUAGCACAGCAGCUGGGAAACCACUAGCGAAAACUACAAAUGCAAAGACAACUAAACCAAAAGCCAAACUGAAUCAACAGUCGAAGGAGAGUCGACUGAAGGCGUUUGAGAAUUCGUUUGUCAAGAUUGGGGGAAGCAUGCUAGUUAAUCUCGAGAAAUCAUUGCAAUUGGUCGAAGAAGCCAAAAAGUCGAAGGCAAUACGUCUGCGUUGCUCGCAACGUCUCAAGGAUCUUUACGCCGAAAUGCAGACUGUGAAGCAGGCUGUCAGGCAGGAGGAACUCAAGCUGGCGAGGAUUCAGCCGGAGAUCCAGGCCAGCCAUGAGAUUAUCAUAUCACUGAAGCAGAAAAGACACAAGCUCCAUGCGGCGGCAAUGGACUUGGGCCGAGGAUUGAAGGGCGAUGACUACAGGUUACUCGACGAGGGCAAGGCGGCCAUCACCCGUAAAUCUACACAACUCACUAAGGAGAUACGUCUCUACAAUUCCAUAAUGAAGUUCGAAGACCUCGAGAAGCUGACUGAUGUGGCGGUCAGUCAACCAAAUGCUGUGAUUGAAACGGAAUCGAAGACGAAUCAACCGGAGAUUGUAUCGCCUGAGCAGCCAAAGGAAUUAGCGGAUGCGAUACCCCAGAAACCAGCAGCUUUAGAACCUACUCAACCUUCCAGAGUUCCUGAAACGGGGAAAGAGCCUGCGACGGGAAGCCAACCUGAAACGGAGACAGAGCCUCCAGAUGAUCAGGCGCAGGAGAAACCGGUGGAAGUUUCGGCACCCUAUACGGUUACCACAAUGCGGGAACUGCGCGAGGAGAAGGACGUGGAGUUCUGUAGGAGAGGCGGCUACCUUCGUACUUAUCAAACGCCCAUGUCGCGGAAUUACAAUAGCCACCUCGAUGUUCACGCCACCAUCUGCCCCUUUGAUCUGAUGGGUCGCUGCGAGGACGCGGACUGCUCCUACCUGCAUUUAGCCCGUUCCGACUCCCAAAACGAGCUGCCAAAGACAAUACCCUCUCUAAAUAACUAACAAACACAAAAAAACAACUAACUUAAAAACUAAAAUAUUUAAUAGCGUGCUUGAAUUCUGGUAAGUUGAACUCUUCACGCGACUUAAUAUUUAAAUGUUGCUUUCAGUCAACGUAAAAAAGAAAGAAACCCACAAAUCAAUUGCAAAGCAUACGGAGAGAAGCAGCAGCGAGUGCAAAACCAUAAAAAAUCGAAAAAGAACAAAGAAAAAAAAAAAAAAAAAAAAAAAUGAAAAAACAAUCGUUACUAGGUUGUACCUUGUUUGUUAUAUACAUUUAUAUAUAUAUAUAUAUCUCGUGUAGUGCAAGUUCUAUGUUCGUCGAGGCUCGCAAACGAUGUUUCGGGUUUACGUUGGAACGGAUGUGCAUCUUA